AUUACAUCAACUUCACAACUUAGUUGAGUAUUUAAAUUAAAAACACGACGUAUCAGUGGAGAUCAACAUUUAUUCUAAAAUGUUUGAACGUUUAUCUUCACGUCCUUAUGAACGCUUAGACAUAUUAAGAGUGAAUGCAAAAGAAAACCCUGUAGCAACGAUGAACGAGGCAGAGGAUAAAGGACUAGAAGAUCCUAUUAGAUGUAUAUUUUUGUCAGAAUUUCAUCACAUUGUGGGUCCAAAAAUUACUUGUCAGGUACCAGAUAAUUUUAUUUCAAAGGAUAUUUUCGAUAAUGUGAGCGUUUAUAUUAUACCAAAGGCACAAUUACAACGUAGCACUAUAACAGUAACAUUGAAGGACUGUAAGAUUUUGGGAUUUCCUGUGAAAAUCGACGACAAGAAAUAUGCAAGAAAUGCAUUUUACUUUAAUUUGUGUUUUGUCUGUGAUGCAGAAGCUCGUACAGUGCAUUAUGAACCUGUUGUUAGAAAGAUGUCUGAUUUUUUAAUGGCCCUUGAAGUAGAAAAUUGCUUUUUAUCAGCAUCUGAUGAUAAAACAAGGUUAGCGCAAAUGCUCCAGCAGGUAAUGCAAGAUUUAAAUUUACACAAAAUGUGUACAUUAACAGAGGGAACAAUGACAUCCCACUUGAAAGUCAUAAAGUUAGCACCCGAGCCAAAACCAGUUCUUGAUCAUCAGGUACCCAUAUUUUUGGAGGGCCGUGAAACGUUUCAAAGCGAUCAGUGGGAUUUGACUACUCAGCAAGUACUGCCUUAUAUAGAUGGAUUUAAUCAUGUUGCACGAAUAGCAGCCGAAGCUGAUGUGGAAAAUAACCUGGUUAAAAGCUGUGUGCAAAACCUUGUCUAUUAUGGUGUUGUAACAUUGAUUCCAAUAUUUCAAUACAGUAAUGUUUAUACAGCGACUCCAAAAUUAAAAGAACUAGCUGAAAACCCAAAAUUACAAGGGCGAUGUAUAGCAUACGCUUCUAAAUUUCCUAGACAACCCGCCUAUCUUAGGGACAUAUGUCGAAUGUAUGCAAGUAUGACACACGGCAGCAGCAUGAGAGACUUAUGUCAACGAUUAAAUCCACAGAAUUUAAGAAUCAAUGAGAAAAAAUUGGUACAAUUCGGUCUCAUCGAAGGCCUCAUUCGUCGAGUAUAUAAGUAUCCAAUAUAUCUGACAGGAUCUCCUUGUAACGAGGAAAUGAAGAGUAAUCCGAUUUAUAAGUACUUCACAGGAACGUUCAGUCUCGAUGAAAUUUGUUGUAGUACGAGUCAAUCGGCGGCACAAAUCGAAGACAUCGUCGAACGCGAUCCAAAUGUUGUUAUGUUAUGGAAGUAACAAAAAAGUAAUGUCCUGUGGAUUUUACCUUCUACACUUUCGAUAAAUGCAACGAACUUUUUCAUUUGAAUAGAUACACGAUAUUUCGUUAAACAUGUCGUGUUCGAUUAAUCGAUAGAUCGCAAUUUGGUAAUGACCAGUUUAUU